UUUAUAGUAAUCACCCAAGUACAGUACAUACAGUACACAACGUCGUAAUAACUGUUGUAAGACAUUUAGAAGCCUUAAGCUGGAUUCCACGGACAACCAGCCCUAACUUAUGAUGCAUUCGGUUUAAUAGACACAUUUUGCAAGUUUUAAAAGAAUCUCUGCCAAGCAGACCAACUAAUAAGUAUCGGACGUGCAGUUCCCAAUAUAACAAAUUAAAAUGCCUAGCACAUUCCGUGGUGCGGAAGAGCUUUUGCGAAAAGACAGUAAGCGAAAAGGUAUUAAAACUAGGAAUUUCAUCGACUCCAAACUGCAAAAACAUCACGGAGAGGUAAAGCCUUUAACUGCCGACAAAUUUUUGGAUAUUUGGAAGCAUUAUGAUGCGGACGCCAGCCGCUUCCUCGAAAAGGAAGAAAUCCGGCGCUUCUUAAAAGAUUUCAUGAAUUCUGCGCUGCUGAGUUCGGCGUCUCCGCAAAAUGUUACGGAAACCGAAGCAGAUCAGCUGUACGAAUUGUUCAUGGAGGAGUUCGAUGAAAACAAAGAUGGCGUAAUAUCCAUUCGUGAGCUAACAGCCGUUUUACCGGUGGAAGAAUCAUUUUUUGCCCUGUUCCGAACCGUCAACCCACCUGAAAGUGGAAUAGAUUAUAUGAAGAUUUGGAAAAAGUACGAUGUUGACGGGAGCGGAUACAUUGAAUCAGAUGAAUUAAGAAACUUUUUGAGAGAUCUGCUUGCAAGAGCAAAACCACCGGUAAAAGUGGACGAAAAAACACUGGAAGAAUAUUCGAAGGAACUGAUGACACUGUUUGAUGUUAACAAUGAUGGUAAACUGGGACUGCAGGAACUGAUUAGACUGCUUCCAGCGCAGCAGAAUUUUGUAAAACUUACACUUGAUCACGCUCAUUCUCUUAAACGCCUAAAUCAGUCCGAUAUAAACAAGUUGCUGGACCGGUACGACAAGGACGGAAACGGAACGCUAGAGGGUACUGAGCUGUCCAACUUGGUACGCGAUAUUUUGGAAGAUCAAGUUGCAUUUACCGGGGCGAAAUAUGACGCACGGGAUGUGUACGAAAUUGAACAAGCAUUGCUAAAAGGAUGCGACGUUGACGGUAAUGGAAGGAUUGAUCGUAAAGAGUUGGCUGUAAUAUUGUUGGCAAUCACCCGAAGUGGAUUAGGCGGUCUUUACGCAGAAGCUGGGAAAGUUGCUCAAGAAAUUGGAACCCAUUCCAAAAAAUGAGCAACUAGUAGAGAUUUCCAAUCCACGUGUCUCGUAGCCGAAUUAUUCCCGUAAAGUAUUGCUGUCUGCUGUUCGCUUCGGCUUCACUCGAUAAGAAAAAGUUAAAUAACGCAUACGUACAUACUUAUUGCAUCAGGAAUUUUAAUAUUUGUCCAUAGUUAUACAGUUUUGUGGCAACGAUUAUUGAUUGUAGUGCUAUUUGUUCUUAUUUGUUAUGAUGUCUUUGAAUUAGUUACGGUCGAGUGAAUAUCGACCAGAUGUGCUAUAUGGUAACAGGAUAUCUCAUUCGCAAAAUUAAUAUUAUUUAACUUAGUACUGCACAGCAAAAAUAAAUUAAAUACAGUAUGAUAGUUCCGGAUCUCGUAAUAUCAAAAUAUUU